GUACGGGGUCCGAAGGUGCAAAAUAUGAAAGAAAAGUGUGGGCCGUGGGGUGUCUGCGCUGAGACAACGCUGCGGAGCCACCAACAUAUAUUCAGGGAAUUAGUGAGGGAAGAAAUAAAACAAAUAAAUGAGAUUGACUGUGAGUGAAUAACAUCACGACAACAAGAUGACUGGAAAAUAUGCGACGUAGUGGACACUGGACAAUCUCAUCUGAGGUUGAACGAUUCACUCGUCGUAUCACGGUUAUGCUCGCCAAUGUCAGUCGUCUCUUUUCCAAUAUUGCCAAAAGGCGGAAGGUGAUCGAAUUGCGGGCAUUGUCACCAAGGUUUCUAAUAAGUGACAGUGCCGAGUUGCGUGCGGCAGCGUCACUCACACCGCAAGCUCACCCUGCCGCAAGCCUCUAUCAGUCAACAGUCAUCAGUCUACUUGCCACUUGGCACAGUUGCUAGAUUGCUGCGGACAGUCGCCCACGCCUACGAUAAUUGUCGCAUGGUGUGACGGCCCCUGUUGCGCGGCGCUCACCUUUGGUAACUGCAGGUAUUUUGUGUGACUUAGGCGGGGCAUGACAGCUACAGAAUGAGGGUGUUACUAGUGCCUCUGCUGACUCUACUAGUGACAAGAUGUGCGUGUGAGAUGAUAAUGCAAGAUAUGCGUGCCACUGAUACAAACACAGGUGAGGGAAGGCAAGGUGCCUUCCCAUCACCGCCGCCACCUAACUUGGUUCUGCUGCUGGCGGAUGACUUGGGUUAUGGUGACCUCAGCAUCUCAGGUCACCCGACCUCCAGAACACCAGUGAUUGACAAGCUGGCCAGGGAGAGUCGCUACUUUACUCAGCAUUAUGUCACCAGCCCUGUCUGUAGCCCCUCACGGGCCUCUGUUCUGACGGGGCGACUACAGGUCCGGAGUGGGGUGUAUCCAGGAACAUUUGUCCCAGGCAGCACCCUUGGUCUGCCCCACAAUGAGACCACCAUUGCUGCCCUCCUACAGCGCAAUGGUUACCGCACCAUGAUAGCUGGGAAGUGGCACCUGGGAGUGGGGCGUCAUGGGGAGUACCUGCCAACACACUACGGCUUUGACCAUUAUUUGGGCUUGCCAUACUCCCAUGACAUGUGUCCCUGCCUCACCUGCUUCCCGGGCCCCCUCCCCUGCCAUGACACCUGCUGGAAUAAGCAGGUUUCAUGUCCACUGUACAGGAAUGACACCAUUAUAGAGCAGCCAGUUGACCUUCUCUCCCUGACCCGUCGCCUCGUCAAUGCUGCCGUCGCUUUCAUCACUGACACUGCCACCUCAGGGAAACCUUUCUUCCUAUACUUCCCCUUCCUUCAUAUCCACCACCCACAGUUUGCCUCAGAGAAGUUUGCAGGGCGGAGUGCACGAGGGACAGUGGGGGACUCCCUGUAUGAGCUGGACUGGGCAGUGGGGCAGGUGGUGGAGGCCCUGCGCCACCACAACCUGCUCUCCAACACACUCCUCUGGUUCUCCUCAGAUAAUGGCCCUAGUUUAUCGAGGCAUGAGCGAGGGGGCUGUGCGGGCCUGCUGCGCUGUGGGAAGGGCACCACUAUGGAGGGCGGUGUGCGAGUCCCUGCAUUUGCUCACUGGCCCACACGCAUACCCCCUGGUUCUAGUGAUGGCUUGGUAUCAGCUUUAGACCUCCUACCCACAGUGGCCUCUCUCUCUGGCCUCAGCACCUCAGGCCUCACUCUUGAUGGCGUGGACAUCUCCCCUCUGCUCUGGGACCCCCUUGCUGUGAGCCCCAGGAGGUAUAUGCCCAUCUACCCAGAGAGCCCCACCCCCAGUGAGGGCCCCUUUGCAGUGACAAAUGGGACCUACAAAGCACACUUCUACACCAAAGGAUCAGAUCUGUCAGAUUCAAGUAACUAUGACCCAAUUUGCCCAAGGAGCCAUGAGUUGACCAAACAUGAUCCACCCCUGCUCUUCAACUUACACCAUGACCCUGGGGAGCGCUACGACCUUUCUUCUGACCCCGAUAAAAGUGAGGUCCUGAGGGAGUUGACAGCAUGGCGGGAGGACCACAUGAAGAGUAUGACCUGGGACAUCGCUCGCACACAACACCAGGACCCCUUUGCCCAACCCUGCUGCACCUCCCCCUCCUGCACCCCCUUCCCCAAGUGUUGUGACUGCCCCACCUCGCCCACCUCACCCCCUAGCACUGCACCACACCCUGAUAAGCCUAACACCUCCCCCAAUGCUAUAAUACCACACACAUCUUCCUUCUCUUCCACUGAGAGUGAGAAAGAGAAGGAGAGACAUCACUACUGGUUCUCUUACUUCACUCAGUUUAUUUAAGUCUCUCUAGCUCUUACUAAAAUCUAUCACAUAUUUAUUUGUUUUUAGUAUGAAUAGAUGGGGCUUUGUUGUUAUUCUCUUACUUCCCUCAGAUCACAUAUGUAUUUGUUUUUAAUGUCAUGAAUAUACAGGGGAAGCAUGUGGCCAGCUGUGGUGUGGCUUUACUCCUGUCUUUUCCCAUCAGAGGGUGUGUGAGUGUGUGUGUAAGUGUGUGGUGCCUGGUAUGGCCUAUGACAGAUUUUGUAGUGCUCAAAUAUUUUACUGAAGUUGUUUGUAGAACCAUGUGAUAUCUUUCUGGCCUCUUACAUCUCAAUAAUUUCUCUUUUUGUCAUUUUCCUAAAAGUGAGAGAUUGGCAUCAUGAAUACAAGUGUACAUCUUAAUAAUUCCUCUUUUUUUGGAAUUUUCUUCAAGAUGAGGGGUUGGCAUGAUAUGUACAAUUGCCCCCCACCCCCAGUUGUUUUAGUCUUUUACAUCUUGUAUCUUAAUGACUGCACAUAUUUGAAAGCAAUCUGUGUGACUUGCCGGGGCAUUACCAGCUGUAGUACACUGUCUGGAUGGUAUCACUGGGUCUUGUGGCACUAUCUUGUGCUUCUCUCAUUUCCUAUCUUAUUACUGUUGUCUUAUUCUCAGCUCUGCAGGUACAGGGAUGUUUAUUUCUGAGAAUUAUGAUUUUCCUUCUCUAAUUUAUAAAUAUUGUUUUUACAA